AUGAAAUUCUCGUCUUCAAAAAUUGCUUCAUUUGUUGCUGAAUAUUCUGGAUUAAAACAUCCACAUCCAACUGAUUUUCAAGCUUCUUCAAGAAAAUCAAGUCAAUCUUCAAUCAAACUAUAUUCAACAAAUAUUACAGUUGGUGCUGAAAUUAUUCCAAUUGUAUCAACUUCAUCUUCUUCUUCAAAUUCUACACCACCAAAUGAAUAUCAUCAUAAAUUUAUCAAAAAUAAUUCUGAAUGUGAAUCUCUUCCAAAUUUGGCUAUUUCAUCAACAAAUUUGAAGAAUAAAUUGAUGAAAAUCAAGAAAUCUGAAAGUCAAACAUCUAUUGCAUCUUUUAAAAAUUAUCAAGUUUUGUAA